AUCAUUCUUCCUCAGAAGUCAAUUUUGUAUUGCGUUAUCUCCAGGAAACUCUUCAAAGAUUUGAUCUUUAUAUCUGUAAUCUCUAUAUUCCAGAUAAUGACACUCGGUGCAGGAGGAUCUAGGGUUGUUGUCCCUCGGAAUUUUAGGUUGCUUGAGGAGCUUGAACGUGGGGAGAAAGGUAUUGGAGAUGGUUCUGUUAGUUAUGGAAUGGAUGAUGCUGAUGAUAUUUACAUGCGUUCUUGGACGGGUACCAUAAUUGGUCCGCACAAUACUGUACAUGAGGGACGUAUUUAUCAACUGAAGCUGUUUUGUGACAAAGACUAUCCAGAAAAGCCACCAUCUGUCCGUUUUCACUCACGCAUUAACUUGACCUGUGUGAACCCUGAGACUGGAGUGGUUGAAGCCAAGAAGUUUGGUAUGCUGGCGAAUUGGCAGCGAGAGUGCACGAUGGAAGACAUCUUGAGUCAGUUGAGAAAAGAGAUGGCUGCGCCACAUAACCGAAAGCUUGUUCAGCCCCCAGAAGGUACCUUUUUCUGAUCACUUAAGCUGCAAGCUAGAAAAGCUGCACGGUUUCUCAUACACCCGUAAAUAGUUUCAUAUGUGACCCCUAGUCAAAGUUAAGAUUAUGGACCUCCAUGGGUCUUGGAACAUGUUUCAUUACUCUCUUCUGACUCUUGAUGUUUUAUGUUAUGUUCGGUUGCACCAAUGUUGAAGUAGAUUGGUACUAUGAUUAUGUUGUUCUUAUGUUUUUGCUCCUU